CAGGCAGCUAUUUUAUUUCAAUAGGAAAAGGGACAUUUUAAUGGACUAAUCCAAAUUUGGCACAAAAGUUGCAGGCUCUGGUGAUAAACUCUAAACCCUACCAUACAAUGCCAAGGAUAGAAUCCGGAACAGUCUUGUGCGAUAUGUCGUUGAGCAUCAUUGACCCGGCAGCCGGACACCCACCACAAAGCGACCUGCUUCUUGGUGAUAAUGAGUUCGCGGGAAGCAUAGAGACCGCUCAUGGUGCAGUCACAGUGGAUUUUGGUUCUACACCAGAUAUAGAUGUCGACAACUUGGACCUUGAUAAAAUGCCAGAAAAGGAAGAGGUUUCUGAUAAAAGAGAUGUACUACAGAUAGUUACACGGAGUUUAGGCUCAACUGGUACAGACUUUUGUACCACCAGGAAGGAUGGUGAAGUCAAGCUGAGGAUGGAUGUUUCCGAUGCUCCAGGACAGCCACCAAUGACUGUCCACCAGAUGUUCACAGAGUCCGUUAGGAAGUACGGGGACUACAUCGCUCUUGCAUCAAAGCAUGGUGAAAACUGGAUGAAGCUAACAUAUAAGCAGUACUAUAAUGAAUGUAGAGGUGCUGCAAAAAGCUUUCUGAAGCUUGGACUCCAACGUUUCCACGGUGUUGGAAUCCUGGGUUUCAAUGCUCCAGAGUGGUUCAUUGCAGAUAUCGGAGCAAUCUUGGCAGGUGGAUUGGCCGUUGGAAUCUACACUACAAAUUCUCCUGAAGCUUGUCAAUAUGUAGCAAGUGAUAGUGAAGCUAAUGUCUUGGUUGUGGAGAACAACAAGCAACUACAGAAGAUCUUGCAGAUUCAGGAUCAGCUUCCACACUUAAAAGCAAUAGUACAGUACAAGGACGAACUGAAGGAUAAGAGACCAAAUCUUUACACUUGGGCAGAGUUCAUGCAGCUUGGGAAGGAUGUGCCGGAUUCACAACUCGAUGAGAUCAUCGCUACCCAGAAACCGAAUCAGUGUUGCACACUCAUUUAUACUUCGGGGACCACUGGAACGCCAAAGGGAGUCAUGCUGAGCCACGAUAAUCUAACAUGGACAGCUUAUGCAGCAGGAAAUAUGGUGCAACUGCGACCAGCUACUGAAAGCCAAGAAGCUAUUGUUAGCUACUUACCACUAAGUCAUAUUGCUGCACAAAUGAUCGAUAUCUGGCUGUCCAUAAUGUUUGGAGGCACCACUUAUUUUGCACAACCUGAUGCACUGAAGGGUUCUUUGGUGACCACAAUGAGGGAGGUCCGUCCCACAGCGUUUAUGGGUGUGCCGCGUGUCUGGGAGAAGAUGCAGGAGAAAAUGAAAACCAUAGGAGCAAAAUCCUCGACUGUUAGGAGGAAAGUUGCCUCCUGGGCGAAAGAUGUUGGUUUAAAAACCAAUCUAAAUCGCAUGCGUGGAAAUAAUGCAGUUUCAUUUAACUUCCGGGUGGCCAAUGAGUUGGUGUUUAAAAAGGUUCGGAAUGCUUUGGGAUUGACUCGUUGCACAAAAUGUUACACAGGAGCAGCUCCAAUAACCAAAGACACGCUGGAGUUCUUCCUUAGUCUCAACAUCCCCCUAUACGAGUUAUAUGGAAUGAGUGAAAGCUCAGGACCACACACCAUUUCCGUACCUGAUGCAUUUAGACUUUCAAGCUGUGGAAAGGUGAUGACAGACUGUAGGACAAAGAUCUUCAAUCCUGAUGAUGAUGGUUGUGGUGAGAUCUGUUUCUGGGGACGGCAUGUGUUCAUGGGUUACCUGCACAUGGAUGAUAAGACAGAAGAAGCAGUUGAUGAGGAUGGUUGGUUGCACUCAGGUGAUCUAGGGAAACAUGAUGAGAAUGGAUUUCUAUAUAUCACGGGAAGAAUUAAAGAGUUGAUUAUCACUGCUGGAGGGGAAAAUGUACCACCAGUUCCCAUUGAAGAUGCUGUAAAGGAACAUUUACCAAUCAUCAGUAAUGUCAUGCUGAUAGGAGACAAACGCAAAUUCCUAUCGAUGUUAUUAACACUAAAGUGCAAUGUAAAUGGUGAUUCUGGUGAACCACAGGAUGAUCUAUCAGAAGCAGCAAUUCAGUUUUGCCAAAGGAUAGGCAGCAAUGCCACAAAGGCAUCAGAAAUCUUAGCCAGCAAAGAUGUUUAUGUAUAUGGUGCCAUACAGGAAUGCAUCAACCAGGUGAACGAAAAGGCUACAUCGAAUGCACAGCGAAUUCAGAAGUGGCUUCUUUUAGAAAAGGACUUCUCCAUUCCAGGAGGAGAAUUAGGUCCAACAAUGAAACUGAAAAGGCCUGUUGUGCUGAAGAUGUACAGUGACCAAAUUGAUGAUCUGUAUAAGGAUGCAAUAACCCCAAUCACUCCAGAUAAUCCGCUUACAGCAAAAUAGACUUGGUUGUUACUACAGCAGUGAAACACCAGCUGGAUUUGUAGAUUGUUUGUUUAUAUUUUUGGUUUUGCAAUGUUAUCAUCAACUUUGGCAUUUCUAUAUUGUUCAAAUAAAUGUUCACGUUUCACAA